UUGCCAAAGUCGAGUUCGGCUUAGUCAGAGCAUUACGCCCUCUCAUAUUCUUGCUUGCAAGGCCUAUCUCCUUACAGAGUCAAGACAAUAGAGUAACAGCACGCUCGAUUCCUUUCGAGGAACCAGACACAUGUCUAGUUGGUGGCCUUGUGGGAACCUGAGCGAUUCUCAAGUCUUGACGCCAGAGGGCUUUGACUUGUUUGCGUUGACUUGUUUCCCGGCCCUUGCUCUUCACUCUUGGUCGCUCAUCCCCUCUGGCUCAACAAAGCACAAUCACGCGCCUACUCGCAAACCUCUCGGCGCAUUCCCUCGUCAGCCAAGAAAUCUUUGUCUUUGGUCCGCUGCACUUUGGCAAAACGCGCCCCUGAAUCUACAGGUUUCACGAUCGCCAGUCAUACUUUGCAACUCUCGCCGCAAUGAACCAACAACCAAACGCACGCAUGCGCAAUGUCCUGACCAUAUCUCUCUGUCCGCUACUCGAAAGAGAUUAACACCGCUGGCCGGUUCGCGCCGCCUUGUUUCGACUCUCUGUCUCCUCCUGCCAUGGAGCUCACCACAAACUUCGUCGCUCUCAGGACUGCGCGCACACACUCCAACAACCCGAGGCGCCUUCAUUCCGAUCAUGCCUUCUCCAUCGAUCCUCUCCUUCAGCCCUCGCCUAGGCACGUCAACAGAAAGCCAGUUUCGCCCUCUGCUCGACAAGUGCGGAUGGUGGUCCGGGAGAAUACAACGAAGCCGAGUCUGUUGCCUGUCUUCGAAGUCGAGAAGCAUCGCUGUCAAGAGGCACGAUACUACAAGACUGAUCGAGUCGUCCAGUGAGAGUCACUGUCUCAUCUGCUCUCACUGAAGACGAUUCUCAUCCUGACAAGUUUCGUGCAUCGCGUCUGCCCGACGCACAAGACUAGAAUCUGCCAACCUGGCACAACACGUCCACCUCACAGAUAUGUGCACUGUCAGAAAAUGUUCCUGCGCGUUCAGGCGACUUAGUGGUUUUAUUUUCAUUUUUACAAGGCCAAGUGCCCACGACCGCGCA